AUGGCUGAAACUGUAAUGAGCUUCUCAGUUUUCAAACCUCAUGUCCAAACAACAAAAUUAGAAUUCAAUUCAUUUUCAAGAACACUUAGGCAAUGUCCAAGUUCAAGAUUUGACUGUGGCAGCAGGCACCUGAAAAUUUACGAGAGAUGUUCGACAGUUAAAGUGAAUGCUAUACCAGAUUGGCCAUUGAUGGCUGUUUUAGUUGAGCAUAUGGAAGGGCAGAGAGACCUCGUUACCCACAAGUCAAUUUGGCACCUUAGCGAUGAGGCCAUGAAGAAUGUUUACACAUUGUAUGUGAUGUUCACUUGUUGGGGAUGUUGUUUCUUUGGUUCCACGAAAGAUCCCUACUAUGAUUCAGAAACGUACAGAAAAGAUGGAGGAGACGGCACUGGACAUUGGGUCUAUGAGAAGCAAGAAGACAUUGAAGAAUCAGGUAGAGAAGAGUUGUUGCGCGAGGAGCUAAUCGAGGAAAUAGAGAAGAAGGUUGGGGGACUUCGAGAGUUGGAAGAAGCUGGCAAGAAAGAAGAGCUCGUCAAGUGA